AACAAUACAUUACAGUAACUAAAUCCACAAGUCACUAGUUCGUUAAAGGCGUGGCUUAUCAAAAAGAGAGAUGAGUACAAAUAGUCACUGAAGUAUCCACAGACUAUUCGGUUCAAUUUUUGUUACAGUAAACAAUGAUGCAAACAUCCAAUUCUCCGGCGUCUUCCUUCAGACAUACAAUUAUGCCUUCACUGCCCCAAUUGCUUUCGGGCCGGAUACUCCAUUUUGCAAAGCUCUCUGCAACUUCUUCUUAUGAGUCCCAUUCCGCUAAACAAGUCAAAUUUCCAAAGAAAAUCAGCCGAAAAACAGAUUCAGGCAGUCCUCCAAGGAAUACACAGAAGCUGAAUUUGGAAGUUUCUCCUCAUAGAGCUGUGUCUGCGGUGAGAUUAAUGCGCAUAGAGCUGGGUGGUGCAUUUGCUGAUCUUCUGAAUGAGCAAGGGAAGGGUUCAGGGGAGAAUGAAAUGGGAUAUGUUGAAAGAACUCUUGGAUUUCACACUCGUCACUUAGAAGACAGAGAUUUAAGACUGGUCACAGAGAUUGUUGGAGGUACCAUUCGCUGGAGAAGAUAUCUUGAUCACUUGAUUCUUUCUUUAUGCCAUGAUGAGAGUACAUUCAGAAGCAUGGAACCUCUUCUAUUGCAGAUUCUUCGAAUUGGUUUCUAUGAGAUCACCAAGUUAGAUAUGCCACCAUAUGCUGUUGUAGACGAGAAUGUAAAGCUCGCUAAGGUUGCUCUUAGGCCUGGUGCCGGUAACUUGGUUAAUGGGAUUCUUAGGAAACUAAUUGUCCUUAAGGAGAGUGAUUCCCUUCCGGCAGUAAAAGUGGACGGUGAUGAUCGUCAGCAAGCACGUGGUCUUGCCACUCUUUACUCUCAUCCAGUUUGGAUGGUAAGAAGAUGGACUAAGUAUUUUGGACGGGACGAAGCUAUUAAGCUUAUGACAUGGAAUAACAGCUCUCCCAGUUUCAGUCUACGGGCAAAUACCGGGAAAGGUUUGACAGGGGCUGAUCUGGUCUCAAGGCUUAAAAUUUUGAAGGUUCCACAUGAGCCUUCUCUAUACUUGGAUGAUUUUGUUCGUAUUAAAACUGGAAUGCAGAAUGUUAUACAGGCUGGGUUACUAAAAGAAGGCUUCUGUGCAGUCCAGGAUGAAAGUGCCGGAUUAGUAGUCUCUAUUGUUGAUCCUCAACCUGGUGAGAGCAUUAUUGAUUGUUGUGCUGCUCCAGGAGGGAAAACCUUGUUCAUGGCUUCCCGCUUGAAUGGCCAAGGUACAUUAUUUGCCGUUGACAUAAAUGAAGGUCGGUUGCGGAUACUCAAAGAGACAGCCAAAUUACACCAAGUUAUUGAUGUUAUCAGUACUAUCCAUGCUGAUCUUCGAACUUUUUCUACCGAUAAGGUCGUAGAAUGGGAUAAAGUCUUGCUGGAUGCACCUUGUUCAGGGCUGGGUGUUCUUUCUAAGCGAGCAGAUUUGCGUUGGAAUAGGAAACAGGAAGAUAUGGAGCAGCUUAAACAUUUACAGGAUGAACUUCUCGAUUCAGCUUCCAGGUUGGUGAAGCCAGGUGGAGUUCUAAUAUACAGCACAUGUUCCAUUGACCCUGAAGAAAAUGAGGAAAGAAUUGAAGCUUUUCUUCUAAGGCAUCCAGAAUUCGACAUUGAUCCUGUGAACAGAUAUGUACCGGAGGAUUUUGUCACUACACGAGGUUUCUACUUGUCUAAUCCUGUGAAGCAUGAACUUGAUGGAGCUUUUGCAGCUCGUCUGGUUAGAUCUCAAUAAAUCCAGAAUGAGUGGAGCAUGUUUCAGUUUUCACAAACUCUUAGUAUGUCGUCUAAAAGUAUCUUCAGGAGCUGCAGACAAUCAAAGUGCCGCUUUUAUGCCUUUCCUUCUCUGAUCAUAACUUUUGGGCUCUUUCAGCAUAAGAGUUCAGAGCAUCACUCGUCAUAUAUUUCUCAGGCUGGUGACGCAAAGCCUUAGAUGCGAGAUUUUAAUCCAGUCUCAGGGUUUGAGAUCUCAAAGGCCAUCAUGUGGUACAACAAUCAUAGAAGUUAAAAGCAUACUGUGGCAAGAUGAAAUAUAUUUUGUAUGGCAUUACAGUGGCCGGGUGCUGAAAGAUGGCAUGCAGAGAUGGCACGCUGUAUUGCUCUCAUCCACAAGAAUCUGAGGUGGGAAAACAUCUCGAAUGACUGCUAGGUGAAUUCUGAGGUGUUUUCUUCGUCUCUUUGCAAAAACCUCGCUGUGUAUGGUGUCUGUCUUCUGCCAAGGGGAAGACUCACAAAGGAGACUGAUGUGGCCCCUCAAUUACUAAAUGUGAACAGGCAGGGUUGUCCAAGUGAUAAAAAUUUGGCGGCUUAAGUAUUGAAUUUGGGAAUCAGACAUUGUAGGUUGAACUGUAUUUUGAGUCAGAUAAUCUUUGUCCGUCCGAUUAUAUAAUGUGAAGGUUCCCACUUCCCACUUUAGCGAACGAGACAUUUCUGAAUAAUAUUUUUCUUCUAAUGAUAAUGAUUGAUGCGUAUGAACUAUGAAGUAUGAACCAAAACUCUUUUCUGUUUA